UUGUUACGAUGGCUAACCUGGAUUAUUUUCUGUUUACACUGGACGCUUGAUAAACUUCAAUUGAUAAAAUAAAAAUAAACAUCUUGGGAUAUUUUAAAAGUAAAAUAUUAACGUAAUAUUGAUAAUCUAGGAAAGCUAAUGAUGUAAUGUUUACUAAACAUAUAAUCAUAUGGGUGAAACUUUAAACGAACGAAUAGAUAAUUUACGUAAACGAAGUAGAUUUUUAUUAGCAGAAGUAGAUAAGAAUUCUAAGAAAGUUAAAAACGAAAUUAAAAAAUUAUAUUCCCAAAAUUUGAAAUGUAGAGAAGAUUGUAAAAAUCAUGUUGACAAAAUAAAUUCAUCAAACUUAUGUUACAAGAGAAAUAAUAAAUCAUGGAAAUUAAGAAAUGAUUCUAGCGGAGUGAGUGGAGCUUUGCAUUUAGAUUAUUUCCAUAAUACCACUAAUCAAACGGUUACAUCAAUGCCCAAUACAACGAAUGUCUCAACAACAAAAAAAACAUUAUCUUCAAAACAUCAUUCUAACAAUCAGCACUGUUUGGAUAUUCGCAGAAAACCAGUAAAAGGAUGUUAUUGCUCUGAAUUAAAAAAAAUACAACAAAAAUCAACAAAAACACAAAGUAAAUCAUGUUCUUCUAGAAAAUGCAAAAGUCAUAUUCUUCCUGCUAUAGUAAUAGAGAACAAUUAUGAAAAAUCAACUAUAUCUUCACCCAUUAGUUGUGAAACAUUGAGAAGAGUUCAAAAAAUAGAUUAUACACCCAAAUCUCAAUUUUUACGUAAUGUCAGAAGCAAAAUUUCUCUCUUGCAAUCGGCAGCAGGAGAUUGUCCACAGAUCUGUUCUAGAUCACAGUGUUAUCAUGAACUUAUGACAAAAAAAGAUACAUAUAUUACUCCAGAUAUUUGUAAAUCCAUAGAUCAAUUGAAAACGGAAAAUAAAAUUCAUGAUUUAACAAAAUCAAAAGUUAAGGAAAAAUAUUCAAGUACUGAAACUAUAGAAAAAAGUGAUAAAGGAAUUCAAGUAUGUUUAAAAAAAGAAUCAAAGUCUUCUUCAACAUCUAUACCUUGUGUACCUAGUAUAAAUAUAUGUAGUAUAAAAAAAACAAAAGAUAAAAUAUGUGAAUGUCAGAAAGAAAAUUCCAGAAAUGAUUUAGAAAAAUGUGAAAACUCUGUGAAAAAAUCAUUAGACGAAAUUGAACAGAAACAUCUUUCUGAUAAAGAAAUGAGAGAUUUAAAUAAAUUUCGUGAAAAAAAUUAUUUUGACACGCACGGAUCUCUUGAUAUUUUAGUAUCAUCUAAAUCUUCUGGUUCCUUGGAACAAUAUUUUUUAAACGAUAGAUUAUUUCCUGAACGAUCAAGAAAAAUUCAUAAGAAAGAUUUGGUUGUAACAAUGCCACCUUGCGCUACUACGCAAUUCAAACGAAUACAUUAUUUCCCUAGAUAUAUCGUUCAUCAAGAAAAAAGUAAUUUUAAUACAAUUGGCAAAAAGAAACGUUGUCAAACCUGUCCUUUGACUGGCCAUGCCAUAGAUCUUGGUAUUACAAAAAUAAAAGUACCUUUGAACAGUUUAGCCCUUAAGUAUCAAAAACGAUUACCUUAAUCAAAAAAAUUAUUUUUUUAUUGAUAUUAAUAAAUAAAACUAAAAAGGAAAUAAAGUAAAUGAAAAUCUUAAUAACUUAAUUAUAUCUUUUUUUUUUUAACAUCAACACAGAAUUCUAAAAAGUCCAUUCCAUUUACUUUAUUCCAAAUCUUUAAUUUUGUAUAUAUUUUUGAAUAUAAAUUGUAAUAAUCAAAUCAACUUCACAUAUUUUUACUCAAAACAUAAGCAAGUUGUAAUUGAGAUUAAUAAUUAUAUAAUCAUUGAGAUUAUUAAUGUCUUGUAGAAUGUAUUUUACAGUUAAGUUUUAUGUAAAACUCUCAAUAUGAUUUAAACAAAUAUUUCGGAUUGUUGUUGCUUUUUACUUUCAUAAAAAAGAAAAAAAUAAAUAGUGAUAUAUGAUAUGGUAUAUUUUAUGUAUAUUAUCUUAUAUAUGAAUAGAAAUCAUUUUUUUCUUCAUUGGAUCUGAUGAUUCCCGCAAUCUUGGUAAGUCGACAAUCUAUAGUGAGUUCAAGUUCGUCGAAUGAAAAUUUCCUUUGAAUAAAAGAUAUGAAAUUGUGAUGCAAUUUUGAAUAUUAUUAAUUAU